GCAAUCAUCCACUGAAUACCACACCUAGCAACAUCACCACCACUGCCAUGCCUCGAUCCAGAGAUCCUCAACACCAUUAAUUCUUACUUCGACCCCAUCACCUGGGCCUUCUGACGCCCUCAUGACUCCAGGCCGCCUGGUUCACAUCUACCCCGUCGACUUCUACUGCUGUCGCAAACAUCCAGACACCAGGCGCUGCCGACCUGGGACACCCCAGGAUCACCUUUGCCCUUGAUGCAUGGAUACCGACAGGACUGGGGGCAGAGGAAUGAGGAGGAACAUGUUCCUCUGGUGGAUCUUACUGCUUUUCUCCCACGGAUUUGUAUUUCGCAACGUCCAAGGGGAACUUCCUUUUAUGUCGGGGAACAAUGCUGCCAUGCUGGUCAACUGGAAUGCUGUUGACGGAAACAAGAAGUUGUUCGCCAUCUAUGACACCAGCGUCAAUGAACCGGGCAACAUGUCUUUCGUCAAGGAGACGGUGGAUAAACUGCUGAAGGGAUAUGAUAUCCGACUGAGACCGGACUUUGGAGGGGCCCCUGUUGCAGUCGGGAUGAGCAUAGACGUGGCGAGCAUAGACAUGGUGUCAGAAGUCAACAUGGACUACACGUUGACCAUGUAUUUCCAACAGUACUGGAGGGACAAGCGUCUAGCCUACGUAGGAAUCCCCCUCAACUUAACCCUGGAUAACAGGGUUGCCGACCAGCUCUGGGUCCCAGACACAUACUUCCUCAACGACAAGAAGUCUUUUGUCCACGGAGUCACCGUCAAAAACCGAAUGAUCCGACUGCAUCCAGACGGAACCGUUCUCUACGGCCUCAGGAUAACUACGACAGCUGCGUGUAUGAUGGAUCUCAGGAGGUAUCCCCUGGAUGAACAGAACUGCACUCUGGAGAUAGAGAGCUAUGGCUACACCACAGAUGACAUUGAGUUCUACUGGAAAGGAGGCGAGACGGCUGUAACGGGGGUGACACGGAUCGAGUUGCCUCAGUUCUCCAUUGUCGAUUACAAGCUGGUUUCCAGAAAUGUAGUCUUUUCCACAGGUGCCUACCCUCGACUGUCUCUGAGCUUCAAGCUGAAGAGGAACAUUGGCUACUUCAUCCUGCAGACGUACAUGCCAUCGAUCCUGAUUACCAUCCUCUCCUGGGUCUCCUUCUGGAUAAACUACGAUGCAUCGGCAGCCAGAGUGGCUCUAGGGAUCACCACUGUGCUGACCAUGACCACUAUCAACACCCACUUGCGAGAGACGCUGCCCAAGAUCCCCUACGUCAAGGCUAUUGACAUGUACCUGAUGGGCUGCUUCGUCAUGGUCUUCCUGGCCCUGCUGGAGUACGCCUUCGUCAACUACAUCUUUUUCGGGAGGGGCCCUCAGAUGCAAAAGAAGCUAGCGGAGAAGGCAGAGAAAGCCAACAACGAGAGGGCAGCCAAGUAUGACGCUGCAAGGGCAGAACCACAUGGCCACGGGAACAUUCUGCUAACUACACUGGAGAUCCAUAACGAGGUGGCGGGAGGUGAGAUCACCACCAGCGUGGCGGACAUUAGGAACUCUCAGUCCAUGGUGCAGUUGGACAGCACGGCCUCAUCGCACAUCCAGUACCGCAAGCAGAGCGGCGGGAUCGGCCCGCGCUCCUCCAGCCGCCACUCCCUGGACCGGGCUGCCCAGAUGAAACGCAGCCGCCUGCGGAGGCGGUCCUCGCAGCUCAAAAUCAAAAUCCCCGACCUGACGGAUGUGAACGCCAUCGACCGCUGGUCACGGAUCAUCUUCCCCUCCGUUUUCUCACUGUUCAACCUCGUCUACUGGCUCUACUAUGUCUGAAUGGACUGUUUUGUUGAGGUGUUUGUUGUUGUUUGUUGAUUUUUUUUUCAUUUUGUUUCUUUUUCUUUCCUUUUUUUCUGUUGCUUUUAUACAUGAUGGAAUCUGUCGAGUUAAAGACUGCAACAAUACAUGAUAAAAAAAAAAAGACUGAGAAAGACUACUGAGUUUUGGACCAAGUUCUCCUCAAAAUUGUUUUUAUAUUUGCAGUCUUUGAGUCCUUAGUACCAAGGUCUUUUUAUUUUCUAAAGUAUGUACUGUAAUUGGGACAUGUGACAGUCAUUUCCCAACAUUUGCCCUCUCAGUAAUGUGUAAAUAGAGAGAUAUAAAGCCAGCAAUUGAAUAAAUAAUACAGUAUUUGCAAAAAAAAACAAACAUGAAAGCAGUUAACGCAAAGAUUUUUCUAAUCCAAAAAAAUCAUUAAGAAAACUUUAUACUACACAGGUGAUCAGAUAAGUGCAGGCAAUUCCUAAAAAUCCAUUAAACAAACAUAUGUAUGUUUGACUGGUACCCUAUGCACUACUAAUGCAUGUAAUGAUCAGCCAUAGUGGAAAAAUAAUGACUCCUUUUUGCCUUGGGUUAUGUCACAACUUUACAGAAACAAAGACUCUGUUGAUGUGUAUUUGUUUAUAGCGUUGAUAAUAUACAGUAUACUUGCUAUUAACUAUAUGAUGCAUUGAUCUGGUAAACUUUUACCCAAACAAUAAUUUAAAGUUGAGGAUUUUGUCCUCUGUUCAGGAUGAUUGUGACUCAGGUUCUGAAUUUUUGCUAGUGUCACGGGAAUAUCCUUUUAGGUCAUUUGAUAGUGAAAAAAAAAACGUUAACAAGCACAAAUAUGAAUAAAACUGCCAUUUUUUUCACUUCUACCUUCUAGCAACAACGCUUCAAGUGAUAGCAUGACAGAAUUGCACUUAAAUUGAUCAAACUUCCUCUUAAAAAACAACUUUAGUUUCAAACAACUGCCAAGGGCCUUUUUGGGCGUUACAGUUACUCAACCCACGAAAUAUUAUAAUAUUUUUGUACUCUAUGUCUUCAGGUAUUCAUUUGAUUUCCUUACUCGUCUUGUUGAAACAUUUUCUUUUGCUCAACACGAACUCUGUCUGGUGAUAGAGUGGUACACUGGAGUAAUGAAACCCAUUUUUUUGUGUGUAUAUACAUAAAUGUAUAUAUAUCUACUGUGUGUACAACCCAAAAUGAAAAUGAUCAAAUAUUGAGCAUUUUGUGAUUGUCAUGCUGUCUGUUAAAUGUCAGACUAUUUAGAGCAAAAAAAAGAAGAAAGAAAGACACGGAUUAAACAAAUUAACGGGUCAGUUCAAGCAUCAGUUUAGUUUUUGAGCAUUUGUGAGGCACACUGAAUACAUUUCUUCUCAAACAUGUGACCAUCUUGAAGUUCCACUCUAGACACUGUACGUCUGCAUUUUAGAGCUACUGUAUGCCAAACAGCAGCCGGUGAUGCAAAUGGAUUUCAUUGAUUCCGCAGGCGGACCAUGAUAACUGGUCUGUCGACUAAUAAGCACAUACUAGCAUUGAAUGUAUCAGAUCCAUUCUUUCAGGGAGAGGAUAAUGAGCCAUGGUCAUCAUUUCUCCAUCAGAAUGUAACACGCCCAUUCUUACGUUGCGAGUGACGAUAAAAGAAAGGGAAGGGGGUGGCGUUAAAAGAGUGUGUGCAUGUGCAUGUGUGUAUGUGAGAGAGAUGGGAAAUGGAUAGGGAGAGCUUGAGAGAGAAAGGGCGUGGGUAGACCAUUUAUUUUCCGUGCUGCUUGCUCGACUACGGACAAAUCUCAACAUAUAAUAGUUUUGUGGAUAAAAAUAGCUCUCCCGUUCGACUCUUAUGAUAAACUGUGCCAUUCCACCUAAGGUCGCAGAGCAAUCAACCAGAUACAGCUCACGGACGAUGAUGUAAAUUUGAAGCAUUCUUCUGUUCAACCAUGGAUACAUGAGAUUCACCCACUGUUUGUGCAUGUACAAGAAUACAUGUAGGAAAAACUAUAACAGGGAGUUCUGUUGUGAUUGAGAGUCACUGAUACUCAGAGUUGGGAUCAAUUGAACUUUGAAGUAAAAAUUGUAAAGUUUUAUGUGUACAGUCUGAUAUAAGACUAAGAACUGAAUGUAUUGUACUUGGAUUGUUGCUGCACAGCUGCAAUUUACUUUCAGAAUUGACCUCAACCCUGAUUUACAUAGGGCUCUAGUUGAUUCAAGUGACCCCAAGUCCUUUGCUGGUUUCUUGUCCUGUUUUCUACUGUGUAGACGGGGCUAAAUGGACAUGUGACCUGGGUCCAAGAUAUAAGAAAGCUGACAGUUACAGAUGAAAUAAUACCUAUAACUAAUAAGCCAAAACAUCUUGCUAAGAGGGGAUGUCUUGUCUUUGUUCUUGGGCACAAAGCAAUGUUUCAUGAUCUAAUGCAUUUAAAAAGGUAGAGAGUUAAAAGUCGUGGACAAAGAACCACUUUGUCCAAAGAUGUGUCAAGUUGCUUUGUGUAGUUUUGGGGGAUCAAAUGCGUACCUAUGAAAUGCUGAAACAGUUGAUGUAGCUUCCGUGUUGUGUAAAUAAGAUAUUAUAAGACAGAUCUCUGGAACACUGAAGCUAGAAAAUAACUGUUUUACAGUGCAAGUCAAAAAUAGAUCUUCCUGGCUUACUGGUUCACUUGGAUUUAAACAAUUACUUUGGGGUCAUGUGGUGAGAUUUAAAACAAGUUUUUGCAGUUUUGCGGUCAUUGUACUGCGGUAUUGUACUGUGAGUCUUUUUUUUAUUUAUUACCAAACUGAAACGUCAAAGAAAAGGCAACUGUUACAAACUCUAGAUACUUGUUUAUCAUGCAUGCAACUACAAUUCGUAACUUGGGAAGAUUUUUAAAAAGAAGAUAUUUUGCAAACUCACUUAUGAGAGCUGCCAACUGCUCAUUUUAGAGACAACACUAUGCCAUGUGAGCCUACAUUAAAAAGAAAAAAGUAACAAAAAAAAAAAAAAAGUCAUCAAAGACUUUCAGGUGUUGUAUGGCCUUGGUCCCAUAAUGGAAUGUGAAAUGUUCUGUGCUGCCACAAAAUGUAUUUAGGCUUAGAUUUAUACUGUAUAUCUCUGUAUGUUUCUCUUCCUUUUUCAAUAGAUUAUCAUGUUAAACCAUCAAAUAAAUGAUAUACAUUGUACCUGUGUAUUUGGUAUUGUGAGCACGCAUGACACUCCAUACAAUCUGCAUAUGUACA